UUUCUUUCGCCUUUUUCAAUAAGUUUCAUCCUUUUUUAGUAGUACUUAUUUCCUUUUUUCUUUUUUUUUGGGUUUCUCUUUCCUCCCAUUUUCCGGCACCGGCCGGAAUAUCUACCGGAGCCGGCAAGCAGCUUCUUUGACGACUUGAGCUUGGACCCUUUUCUUCUUUAUUCGUCUUUGGCCGGAAAAGUCCACCGCUUUUAUCAUUUUGCUUUGGGAAAGAUAUCAUUCUUUUUUCCUAGCUAAGAAGCAGAGGAACAAGCUGGUUUGUAGUUGAUCCAUUGAGCUAGCUGUUUUUAUCCAUUUUUUAGCUUUUUGGGUCUUCUAGACAGCUCUUUUGAGUUAGCUCCAACUUGGGCUUUUUCUCGGUUUUUGUUUAUUUUUGGUGGUUUUUGGGUCGCCGGAGGUGGCAUCGGAGCUCUGAUUAGUUCCGGGAAAAAUGGGUCUCCGGUAAAUAUCCACAACCAUAUUGUUCUUUCAGCUGAAUAAGCAAGAGGGUCACCAGACAUUAAGUACAAUGAAGACGCCGGCCACCGGCGCCGGAGCUCCGUCAGCUGCGGCCUUGGCCAAUCCCUCUGAAGGUGAGAAGAAGAGUAUAAACCCAGAGCUAUGGCAAGCUUGUGCUGGUCCUCUGGUAAAUUUGCCGGCCGCUGGGACCCAUGUUGUCUACUUCCCUCAAGGCCAUAGUGAACAGGUUGCGGCAUCUAUGAAAAAGGAUGUAGAUGCUCAAAUUCCAAACUACCCAAAUCUUCCCUCAAAGCUAUUAUGCCUCCUUCACAAUGUCACACUGCAUGCGGAUCCAGAAACAGACGAAGUAUAUGCCCAGAUGACACUCCAACCGGUUCCUGAGUUUGAUAAAGAUGCAUUGCUGAGGUCAGAUUUGUCAACAAAGGCUAAUAAGCCACAAACAGAAUUCUUUUGUAAGACUUUGACAGCCAGUGAUACAAGCACCCAUGGAGGUUUCUCUGUUCCCCGCCGUGCAGCAGAGAAGAUUUUUCCCUCUCUGGAUUUUACACUGCAACCACCUGCUCAAGAGCUUGUGGCCAGGGACCUGCAUGAAAAUCUAUGGACUUUUCGCCAUAUCUAUCGCGGGCAACCAAAGCGUCACUUGCUUACCACUGGAUGGAGUCUUUUUGUCAGUGGGAAGAGGCUUUUUGCUGGUGACUCGGUCUUGUUUAUUAGGGAUGAAAAGCAGCAACUACUCUUGGGCAUUAGACGAGCUAAUAGGCAACCUACCAACUUAUCGUCAUCAGUUCUGUCAAGUGACAGCAUGCACAUUGGGAUCCUCGCUGCUGCAGCUCAUGCAGCUGCUAACAAUAGCCCAUUCGUAGUCUUUUAUAAUCCAAGGGCUAGUCCGUCUGAAUUUGUAAUCCCUUUGGCCAAGUACUACAAAGCAGUUUGCAGUAAUCAAAUAUCUCUUGGGAUGCGGUUCAGAAUGAUGUUUGAAACUGAAGAAUCAGGAACAAGAAGAUACAUGGGUACAAUAACAGGCAUCAGUGAUCUGGAUCCUUUAAGGUGGAAGAACUCACAGUGGCGUAAUUUGCAGGUUGGUUGGGAUGAGUCGACUGCAGGAGAGAGACGUAAUCGGGUAUCAAUUUGGGAGAUUGAACCUGUAACGGCCCCAUUUUUCAUCUGUCCUACUCCCUCAUUCUUUAGACCAAAGCGUCCUAGGCAACCUGGAAUGCCAGAUGAUGACUUGUCUGACCUAGACAGUCUAUUCAAGAGGACAAUGCCUUGGCUUGGGGAAGACUUUGGCAUGAAGGAUCCACAAGCACUCCCUGGUAUGAGCUUAGUUCAGUGGAUGAACAUGCAGCAGAAUCCGUCACUGGCUAACACAGCGCAGCCAAAUUACUUGCAUUCUUUACCUGGGUCUGUUAUGCAAAACAUUGCUGGAGCAGAUCUUUCACGCCAAUUAGGUUUGCCAGCACCUCAAGCUCCUCAGCAAAACACCCUGCAGUUUGCACAGAGACCUACCCAGCAACCGCAGCACCUUGAUCAACUGCAAAAUCUUCCAGCUUCUACAUUGAAUCCAUUAGGCUCAAUAAUUCAACCGCAACAGCAGCUGCCUGAUAUAUCUCAGCAGCCGAGACAACCUUUAAUUAAUCAAUCUUUGCCUACAUGUCAAGUGCAAGCUCAACUUCUCCAGGCACAGAAUCUUGUACAAAGUCAAAAUGUCCUUCAACAACAGCAACAGUCGAGCCAUCAGCUUCAAAGGAGCCUUUCUCAAAACUUGCAGCCUUUGCAGCCACAACAACAGCAGCAACUUAUGUGUCAGAAUUCACAGCAGAAUUUAUUGCCAUCCCAGUCCCAGGACCCUAUUAGCCAAAAGUUGAAUUUUUCUGAGAACCCAAUCCAACUUCAACUUCUACAGAAGCUCCAUCAGCAACAGCAAUCUUUGUUGGCACAGCAAUCUGCAAUGCAGCAGCCUUCUCAACUCACCCAACUUCAUGAUCAACAAAAGCCACUCCUGGAUGCACCUCCGAGCUUUUCCAGGUCAUUGACGUCCAGUCAGAUACAGGAUGUAUCCCAACCAAUCCCCACCUCUAUCCCACAGUCCCAUGUUAUCCCACAACAGAUAACAAGAACCAAUAGCCAAAAUAAUCUCCGCUUCAAUCAACGGACUCAGCAACCAAAGCUUCAGCAGCAGCAAUCUGGAGUGGUGCCUGAAGUCCAUGGGCACGUUGGACACUCGCUAACUGCAACAACCAAUCAUCUCUCUGCCACUGGCAGCAGUUUACUGACAGGGACUGCUGGUGGAGGCCCUUCUGGGAUCACUGAUGAUAUUCCUUCUUGUUCAACUUCUCCAUCCACAAAUAACUGUCCAAAUGGAGUUCAGCCAAGCAUGAAUGGCAGGACACACCGUGGUACAGCAAUGGGGGAUGAGAUUGCCCAGCCUUCUGCAGCCCUGCUAAGUUCUAGUGGCCUAGAAACCAUGUCUGCUAGUGGUAACUUAGUUAAAGAUUUGCUGCAAAAACCUGAUGUUAAGCCUUCAUUGAACGUCUCCAAGAGUCAGAACCAAGGAUUUUUUGCUCAUCAAACCUACCUUAAUGCUUCAGGAGCACAAAUGGAAUAUUUGGAUACUCAAUCUUCGGCAACUUCAGUCUGUCUUUCUCAAAAUGAUGUCCAGUUACCACAUGGAACCAAUCAAAUGUCUUUCAAUUCUCAGCCAGUGUUGUUCAGAGACACGAGUCAAGAAGUUCAGGCUGAUCCAAGAAAUAAUGUUUCUUUCGGGGCUAACAUUGACAACCAAUUUGGGAUGGCAAUGAUGCCCGAUUCUGUAUCUGCAAAGGGAAUGUUGGGAUCUGGUAAGGACUUCUCAAGUAAUCUUGACACUGGAGGUGGAAUGAUUUCCAGCUAUGAGAAUCCCAAGGAAACUCAGCCUGAGCUUUCAUCAUCAAUGGUUUCUCAGUCAUUUGGAGUACCAGAUAUGACAUUUAAUUCAAUUGAUUCAGCCAUAAAUGACGGUAACUUCAUGAAUAGAGGUCCCUGGGCUCCAACGCAGUUACCUCGCAUGCGGACAUAUACCAAGGUUUAUAAACGUGGAGCUGUUGGGAGAUCAAUAGAUAUUACACGUUACUCAGGCUAUGAAGAGCUUAAACAAGAUCUAGCUCGAAGGUUUGGCAUAGAGGGGCAACUGGAGGACAGGCAGAGGAUAGGUUGGAAACUUGUGUACGUGGAUCAUGAAAAUGAUGUUCUGCUAGUUGGUGAUGACCCUUGGGAGGAAUUUGUGAACUGUGUCCGCUACAUUAAGAUUCUUUCUCCUCAAGAAGUUCAGCAGAUGAGCUUGGAUGGAGAUUUUGGGAAUAGUGUCCUCCCAAAUCAAGCUUGUAGCAGCUCAGAUGGUGGGAAUGUGUAAAUUAGCCAGCUAGAGCUUUAGCAAUUCUUCUUCAUUGGUUGAAGCUUACCGUUUAAGUAGUAGAAGUUUGUUCUCUUGGACGUGCCGGAGAAUUCGAUGCCAUGGGUAUUCCUUCUCACCUUACUUAUGCCACGGUCUAAGUACAGCUACAUCAGGCUCAGAGGAAAGAAUUCAUGCCUUUAGUGAUUUAGCCUGUUUUUCUUGAACUUUGGACCCGGCUGCAAAGUAAUAGCUUGGAAGAUGAUGUGGCUGAGUUUGAUCUCCUUUUGCAAGAACAUCCAAGAAUUUGGAAGUAUGAAAGGUUAGAUGCAAUGGUGGAAGUUCAGAUAAGAAUCCACUCUGGCGCAAAGUGAAGCUUUUCAAUCUUGUGAUAUCUAUCAUCAAAUUUUUCUGUCUCCUAUAUUGAAAAAUCCUCCCAUAGAGUUGUAUUGUAGAGAGUAAAAGCUUGAAAUCUGUAUGGUUUAGUCUCUUGAGUGUAUAGAUGUGUAGAUUUUUCCUUUAACCCCCCCAUUAACAAAAACUGGUAAGAAUCUCAGAAAUUCUGUGAAGAGUAGUGACAUCUUAGAGUAUUCAAUCCAUCA